UCAAGGACCGCUCGAAUCAACAUCAGUGAACGAUAGGUAUUUAUCGACUACUAGAGCAGCCCAUGAGAAAGUGAAAACAGAGCACCUCUCGUACUGGCUUUCGCCCACGAGCUACCAGUGAGGCGGCGACUACUUUUACGGUAUAUCCCACCAGCAGAUCCUCCAAGUCAUAUCAGUCAACAUGGGUACCGCUCUAGACACGUUUGUGUCGUACUUACGGAUACCUCUCCUGGCCUCCUCCGGUAUUGCAGCGCUUUGUAGUGGUCUUCUAUACUUCAAACAGAAUGAGCUCAUCUACCCCAGAGCGUUUCCACCUGAUGCUCGGACCAACGUUCCACGACCUCCCCAAUUUGGUCUCACCGACUACGAAGAGUUGUUCAUUCCCACACCAGACGGCGAAUCCCUCAGCGCUUUCUAUAUUCGACCAAACAAGCAACAUGCCCGUAACGUGACCGUUCUCAUGUUUCACGGCAAUGCUGGUAACAUCGGCUAUCGACUUCCAAUUGCUAAGAUACUUACGAACGAACUUCGUUGCAAUGUACUCAUGCUUCAGUAUCGUGGUUAUGGCUUAUCGUCUGGCGAUCCCAACGAAAAGGGGCUCAUGAUCGAUGCUCAGACAGGCCUGGAUUACAUUCGUAAUCGGUCAGAACUCCGAGGCAUGCGGAUAGUCAUCUAUGGACAGAGCAUUGGAGGUGCAGUAGCUAUUGGACUAGCUUCUCGCAACCAAAAACAGGGCGACAUUGCUGGUGUUGUUCUGGAAAAUACGUUUACCUCGAUCAGAAAGCUCAUACCAUCUGCAUUCCCUCCCGCUCGAUUCCUCGCACCGCUUUGUCACCAGAUAUGGCCCAGCGAAGAGACACUGCCAACGGUUACUACAAUACCGUUCCUAUUCUUGAGCGGUUUGAAAGAUGAGAUUGUCCCAGCCUCCCAUAUGGCCCGCCUGUACAAGGUCUGCAAAGCUCCAAAGGUAUGGCGAGAGCUCCCUAAUGGGACCCACAACGAUACAGUUGCAGAGCCAGGGUACUUCCAGUACAUCGAUGACUUCUUGGGGAAAUUCAUUACAGCAUAAAAUCUAUCGCAUAGUGCCAUGCAUUCAGUUAGUGGAGUCGGCCCUUUGUAGAUCAACAGCAAGGCGACAUCUGCAUGUCUCGACAUAGCCAAUACAUGACAGACUGGAGUCAUUCAGACCCAUCCGAAGGCGAACUGGCGCGUGCAACGGUCGCAUUGUGGUAUGAUAACGCUCACCGACCCAUCAUUGUGUCGUAAGGCUCAUUUGCAGUCGUAAUCGUGCGGGAGUUGCGAUGAGGACUGUUCAUGCGGGACGCGCUCU